AUCUCAGAAUUCAAACUUAAAAGUAGUCCACUUUUUCAUUACUGAUGACAAAUCUAGUAGUAUUCCUUUCUCUGUUAGUACUGUUUCCCUUGCUUAUAUUAAGCUAUUUUCUUGUCAAAAUUUCCUACUCCAUCUUCAUAAAACCAAAAUUGCUGGAAAAGCUCUUGAAGCGGCAAGGAUUCAAAGGAACUCAUUACAAGUUGUUGCUUGGAGACCUCAAAGAUGUUGGCAAUCAAAUGGAAGAGGCAUGGUCCAAACCAAUUAGCUUAACCCACGAUAUUGUGUCGCGUGUUGAUCCCUUCACUCAUUAUAUGGUCCAAAAAUAUGGGAAGAUAUCUCUGAGUUGGCUUGGGACGUCACCAAGAUUGAUCAUCAUGGAUCCAACACUGAUAAAAGAAGUGCUCUUAAACAAGCAAGGCCAAUUUCAGUUACCACCAUUGAACCCCCUUGUGUUGAUUCUUACUAAAGGAUUGACAACUCUACAAGGUGAAAAAUGGGCUAUGCACAGAAAGAUAAUGAAUCCUGCUUUCCACUUGGACAAAUUGAAGGGAAUGAUCCCAACAAUUGCAGAAAGUUGCACGUUUACGAUAGAGAAGUGGAUGAAAACAAUUAGCCCUGAGGGGACUUCAGAAAUAGAUAUAUGGCCUGAAUUUCAACAACUUACCGGUGAUAUCAUUUCAAGAACAGCAUUUGGAAGUAGCUUCGAAGAUGGAAAGAAGAUCCUAGAACUACAAAAAGAACUACAACAACUUGUGAUUGAGGCUAUGGGAAUGUUAUAUAUUCCUGGCUUUAGAUUUGUUCCAACGAAAAAGAAUCGAAGAAGAAAGGACUUGGAUAGAAGGAUCACUUCAAUGCUUAAAACAAUUGUGGACACAAAGGAGAACAUGAUCAGAACAGGGGAAACAAGGGGAGAUGACUUACUUGGCCUGCUGUUGCAAUUUAACAAUGAGAAUAAUUCAGUAAAUAAUAGUCAGAUGACAAAGGAGGACAUAAUAGAAGAAUGCAAACAGUUUUACCUUGCCGGUCAUGAAACAACAUCGAGCUUGUUGACAUGGACUCUCAUUGUGUUGGCUAUUCAUCAGGAUUGGCAAGAAAAGGCAAGGGAAGAAGUUCUACAAGUUGUCAGGGAGAAGAAUCCUGAUGCUGAAGAAAUAAGUCGCCUCAAAAUUGUAACUAUGAUACUUAAUGAAGUGCUUCGGCUAUAUCCACCAGUGAUUGCCUUGUACAAACGCGCUUACAAAGAAUGUAGAAUAGGAGAUCUCUCUAUUCCAGCAGGAGUGGAUCUGACACUACCUAUAAUGCUAAUUAAUCGCGACAUUGAGCUAUGGGGUGACGAUGCAGAUGAAUUUAAACCAGAGAGGUUUGCGGAAGGAAUUUCACAUGCUUGCAAAGAUCCAACACAGAUGGCAUUCAUGCCAUUUGGAUGGGGACCAAGGACUUGUAUUGGCCAAAAUUUCUCCAUGAUAGAAGCAAAGAUUGCACUGUCUAUGAUACUAAAGCAGUUCUCCUUUAAGCUCUCACCAACUUAUGCUCAUGCUCCUUACACUGUUAUGACUCUUCAACCCCAACAUGGAGCUCACAUCAUGUUUCACUCACUUAACUAGGAUAAAUAGAGUUAUUAUGUGUUGAAGGUUAUCAUAAAAUAAGAAGAAAAAAAAUCAUGUCGUUUCCUUUCCCUAAAACUUUGUUCAGAUGGUUGUUACAUAUUGUUUCAUAAUAUAUCGUAUCGUAUUAUUUGUAUUGUAUUGUAUGGUUUUGUUUAAAUGAAUAUAGUGUUUGGAUA